CUUGAACAUAUUGGACUUUAUGUAUGGUAAAUUUUGGUGGUCGACACAGUCCGCGACUAUCAAAAGUAGUUUUGUGAGUCAUUUUAAAGUGAUAUGGAACAGUCGUUGCGGGAGCUCAGGUUAGAAAAUGGCAGUCGUGAAAGUCAAUAUGGAUAUGUUUACGCUGUAUCAGGUCCUGUUGUCACCGCAUCAUCCAUGGCUGGUUCUGCUAUGUACGAGUUAGUUCGUGUUGGACAUGAUGAAUUGGUUGGAGAAAUUAUCCGUUUGGAAGGUGAUCUGGCCACUAUUCAGGUGUAUGAAGAAACAUCUGGUGUAACUGUAGGUGAUCCUGUCCUUAGAACUGGUAAACCCUUAUCAGUUGAACUUGGACCUGGGAUCGUCAACAAUAUUUUCGAUGGUAUUCAACGCCCUUUAAAAGGCAUUUGUGAUCUAACUAGUUCGAUAUAUAUUCCAAGGGGUGUAAAUGUUCCUGCAUUAGAUCGUAAAGUUGAAUGGGAAUUUAUUCCAACACCAGGCUUAAAGCCUGGAAUGCAUAUAACUGGUGGAGAUAUUUAUGGUAUUGUGCCUGAAAAUACUUUAGUUCAACAUCGAAUCAUGCUUUCACCUAAAGCCCAAGGUACAGUGAAAUGGAUUGCUCCGACUGGACAUUACACAUUAUCGGAUAAAAUAUUGGAAAUAGAAUUCGAUGGGCAAAUCAGCCAGCAUACUAUGUUACAAGUAUGGCCAGUACGUCAACCUCGUCCAGUAGCUGAAAAACUACCUGGUAAUCAUCCACUUCUAACUGGCCAACGAAUUUUGGAUGCUUUAUUUCCAUGCGUUCAAGGUGGAACUACUGCAAUUCCUGGAGCAUUUGGUUGUGGUAAAACUGUUAUUUCUCAAUCACUAUCAAAAUACUCUAAUUCGGAUAUUAUUGUUUAUGUUGGUUGUGGUGAACGUGGCAAUGAAAUGUCAGAAGUUUUACGUGAUUUUCCAGAGUUAACAAUUGAAGUUAAUGGAAAGCAAGAAUCAAUUAUGCAACGUACAGCUCUUGUAGCAAAUACAUCUAAUAUGCCUGUAGCUGCUCGUGAAGCAUCAAUUUAUACAGGGAUUACAUUGUCAGAAUAUUUUCGUGAUAUGGGUUAUAAUGUUAGUAUGAUGGCUGAUUCAACUAGUCGUUGGGCUGAAGCAUUACGUGAAAUCUCUGGUCGAUUAGCUGAAAUGCCUGCAGAUUCCGGUUAUCCAGCUUAUUUAGGUGCACGACUUGCAAGCUUUUAUGAACGUGCUGGUCGUGUACAUUGUCUUGGUGGCCCAGAUUUACGUUAUGGAUCAGUUGGUAUUGUUGGUGCUGUAUCUCCACCUGGUGGUGAUUUUGCUGAUCCUGUCACAUCAGCCACAUUAAGUAUUGUACAGGUAUUUUGGGGAUUAGAUAAGAAACUGGCUCAACGUAAACACUUUCCUAGUGUUAAUUGGCUUAUAUCCUAUUCAAAAUACUUACGUGUACUGGAUGAUUAUUUUGAUCGAAAUUUCCCAGAAUUCGUUGCAUUAAGAACUAAAAUGCAAGAAAUUUUACAAGAAGAAGAAGAAUUAUCUGAAAUUGUACAAUUAGUUGGCAAAGCAUCUCUAGCAGAAGCAGAUAAAAUUACACUAGAAGUUGCGCGUAUCAUUAAAGAUGAUUUCCUUCAACAGAAUGGUUAUUCAUCGUAUGAUAGAUUUUGUCCAUUUUAUAAAACUGUUGGCAUGAUGAAAAAUAUUAUUGCUUUCUAUGAUCAAGCUAGACAUGCUGUUGAAGUAACUGCUCAAUCUGAUCGUCGUGUUACAUGGGCAUUGAUACGUGAAGCUAUGGGUCAAACAAUUUAUAAAAUUUCUAGUAUGAAAUUUAAAGAUCCUACAGCUGAUGGAAAGGAUAAAAUACUACGAGACUAUGAUGAAUUAUAUGAAGAGAUAUCAUCUGGUUUUAGAAAUCUAGAAGAUUUAUAAAUGUUUAUUAAUUUAUUUACUCUUGGAAAUGAUCUUAGUUACCGACACAUUCUCAUUUUCUCUUUCUUUUUAUUCAUGACUCUUUUUCUCUAAGUUACAAAAGUUUCCUACUUACUAUCAUCUUUGCUCUUCUCCACUAUUAUGAUUGUUUUGCUCUUUCAUAUUAUCAUCGUCUUCUUUGUUGUUGUUGCUUGUCUUUCUUUAACAAUAUCGUGUAAUUCUAUUUAUCCAUGGAAUUCUUCUUGUCAUUCAAGUUGUUUUCAUGUUUUUUCCCAAAUACCUGUUGUUGUGGAAGAGGAGAAUAAGCAUGUUGAGGAUGAUUAUAGUGUAAGGUGGUAAAAUGUGUAUACGGUUGAUAUUUCAAAGAGUACACAUUAUCAAUUACGUUAAUAGUAAUAACAAUAGUAUUAUUGUAAUAUUAAUAAUAAUAUUAGUAGCAAUAUCAUUUUGACCAAAUUUUAUAAUUCUUCCACCUAUCUUCCCAUCAAGAAAAACACAUUUAUACAGUAUGUGAUGGUUCCAAUGCAUAAUAAUGUUUGUUAUUCAUCUACACAUGCACACAUACAUCUAUAUCUUUAUACAACAAAUACCCAAUUGUUUUCAUUUCUAAGUAUCAUGAUUAUUCUUAUAAUCAAUAUUCUUUACUCAUACCAUCCCGAAUGUAUUCUUGUUCUGUUCUAUUCGUUAAACACGUAUAUAUUCGCAUACUUAUAUUUCCUUUCAGACUCGUUAUCAUUCCAUAUUUUGUCUUUUUUACUAUUAUCAUUAUUCUUAUACUACUUACUUACUUACUGUUGACAACUUUCAAAUCAUAUCUAUCUUUAUGUUACUUCUUUGUUGAUGUUGUCUUGAUCGUUAACUUCUUUUUUUUUAAUUGUUCAUUGUUGAUUUUCUGUUUGUUGUUGUUGUUGUUGUUUUUCCUCGUUAGUAUUAUUAUUAUUAUUAUUAUUAUUUAACAUAAUUAAUUUCGAAAACAUCAAUCAACUUUACUUAUUACCAGUGAUUACAUCAAUUAAUUAAUUAAUCAAUAAUUAAUUGCUUAAUCACAAAUAUAAUAAAUAAUUAUAGUUGUUUUGGUGUAUGGAACAACAAUAACACUCUAAAUAUUUAUACAAUCAUUUUCUUAUUCAAAAGAAAAAUAUAUAUAUAUACAUAUAUUGUUGGGUACUUGAAGAAUUUUGCACACUUUCAUUUUACCUGUUAACUGUUUUGUAUUUGACUACAGAUGCCUUAGAAAUAUUGCUCUCAUCUGCUGGGAUCACCGGAUAAGUAAUAGUGAGAUUAGACGCAGGGUAUUAGGAAAUAAUGGUAAAUCAGUUGAUGAGGUUUUAAAUCUUCAUCGACUAAUAUGGUUGGGCCAUGUGUUACAUAUGCCUGAACAUUGAUUACCACGACAAGCAAUGCUAACUGGUGUUGGGAGUGGUUGGAAGAAAGUUAGGGGCGGUCAAACCUAAAUGUGGCAUCAGU